CCGCCGCCUGACAGUAGUAAUAUGAAUAGUUGUAAAUCACGUACGGUUUUAGUUUAGGAUCGGAGUAGAAGUAGAAUAAUAGAUAAUAAUGAUAACCAGAGGAUUGUGACACAUUGUUACAAUUAUAAGUUAAACUUGACACAUGAAGUCAUUACAAAAACAACUUCAACAACAAGUCUAGGAUUAUGUUUUCUGGGCUCUCCUAUGUUACGUAACAAACAAAGGGGUACUUGGACCACGCUCUGUCACCCCAUUCAUAAAACCGAAAUGGUUGUUUAACAGUUUGAGAGAGCUAGUCUUGCUCGCAGUCACUUGAGUGUGACUUUCGCCGUUUUCUUCUGUAAUUCUGAACUUUUUCUUCUUAAUUCUUCUUUUUCCUCUCCUUCUUCUUCUCCUUCUUUUUUUUUCUUCUUCUUCUUUUAGAAAUGUCUCACUAUGUGAGACUAAGAUUAGGCGCAUAUACUUUUGGGGUAAUAAAUAAACCUCGGCCCAGUCAUCCAAAGUGAGUCAAAUAUGAUAUGAUUUAUAAAUGGGGCGCCAAAUAACUAAAUCAUUAAAUUAAUUUCUUUCUUGUUUGGUUGCUGCCUGCAAUUGUCUAAAACUAAGCGAGAAAAAUAUGCAGUCAUGAAGGCAUAACAUAAUUAUCUUCCUAGCUCUUAGUCCUCCAUGGUAUUAUGAGUCAACUUUAAAAGAAAAUGAGGGAUCGCCGAAAUGUUUCCAAUUUGCUUUGAAACUACAUUGAAAAUUGAAAAUAAAAAUGACAUGCUGUUUACAAUGAACGAUUUGAUUAAGCUAUGCACUGGCAUAUCACAGCUAUAGUUACAAUUUAUUUGACAAACUAGUAACCCCCCCCCCCCCCCAUCACAAAACAACAAUAAGUUCACUGCGUGCCUGGGGAUUACAUGCUUGCCUUCAAGAAAUUAGAUGAUGAUACUGAGCUCUUCUAUUUUACAUAACAAAAUAAACAAAGGGGUACACUUCCUGUCCCCCAUUCACAACGAAACACCAAUCGGCAAUGGUCGCGUGCGAAAAUUUGCAUAACAAGUGAUAGAUCGAGGGCUUAUAUUGGUAUAGUGUAGACUCAUUUGCAUAUGAAUAGUCUGCAUUCGCCCCGUCGUGUUUAAAGCAUUACUAAUCUCUCUAAUAGUCUAGAGUAUUCACUUCGCUUUCUGUCAGUUUAAGCUUGCCUUGACGACUUGUAUAGAUACUCAAACAUUCCUCUAUUAUAUAGUUAGUUGGCAUUUUAGUUUAGUAAGCAUCUAUUUUGCUCGAAAAAGUCAUCGAUAUCGUCGAUUCGUUAAAAGUGCCUUGAUCCAGACUAUAUUAGUUCAACAUGUGGUGGCUUGAGCGAAAGCAGAACCAGUUGUUCCUGAUAGUGAAUGGACGGAGGGCAUUCAGCCGAAACAGGAAUGUCGAGUUUCCCGACGUCAUCAGCAUGAUUUGCGUCGCUACCACUUCAUCUACUGAAGACAGCAUACAGGUCUGUUUUAGUAAUGGUCUUUCUACACAGGCAAAGUUUUGCCAAAUGAGUGUCACAAACAUGGCAAAGACUUUGAAAAAAACGGAGAACAGCCUGACCGAUGUUUUGUCAGUGAUGGCGAUCGUUAAUGACGACAUGAUCUAUUCAUUUCCGUCAUCAGAGGAAGAACUCCUUCCUUCUCAAUCUUACACACAAUCGAGGCAAAAACGUAGCAGUUCUGGAUCUAGCAGCGACGGAACUCCACCAGAACGUAAGAGACGAAACAAGACUUCUGAACAUUCGGCGGAGAAUUCAGAUGCAGCAAUUGAACAAAAAUGUCAAGGCAUUUCUGAAAUCUCCCUCAAAAAACUUGUGGAGCCCGAGAAGGAUCUCCAGAGACCACGUACCAGGAAGGAAGUGAUGGAGGCCAAACAGUUCGUGAUGAAGGCAGCAACCCACUUCCAGAGCUCCCAUGUCCUUCCAGUCCUCGCAGUAGAUGGCCCUUCUGGAACAGCUUACCAGCUCCUAGGAGGGGUGUGCUAUGCUCUUGCAGCUAAGGAUCUUGUUGACGAUGAAAGAUAUGAACAUCUAUCUCGUGGAUGGCGCUGCAGGGUGUACCAAAACCUGGACAAGGUUGAGGCAUUGAGAGUGGCAUCACUGCAUAGGUGUGGGCAACCUGCUGUAGACAAGCCGUGCUUGCAGGAGGAGGUUGCUGUCUGCAGGUCAAUUCUAUACGAUGACAACAACCUUGAUGUGGAGGAUGAGCCCUGCACUAUGACUGCCUCGACAAGACGCAAGUGUUCCCUAGCCCUUGGGAAAAAUGGCUCCUUCAAUGCACUGAGGGCUCUCGAGCCAACUUUCCAGUUGGCUAGUUAUUCAAACAGAUGCUACAGGAAAGCCACUCUCCUUUUCGAUGCAACUAGAGAAUCUACUGGAAAGGAUUUGAAACAAUGUUGUUUCAUGAAGCUACAAGGACUCUCAGAAGAGGAGCGAUAUUCACUUCUUCUGGAGGCGACCUUGUCUUUGAAUGUUAAAAAGAUGAAGGCGGAUGCCGAUGAACUGAAGGCAAUGAAGAGUCUGAAGAGCGUGUUUGCUAAGGGAGUUGGGGCUAAGACGUGGGAAGAGGCGAUAGAAAGAUACCCAACCUUCACUUCAGAAGCAGCCCUGGAACCCUAUGUUGGUAAAAAGUAUACAAAAGGUAACAUCCCAGAGGUCUUCCUGGAGCACAUCAGCAGGGCCAAGAGAGACAUGGACAUGAAUGCAGACGACAUCCCAGCCCUUAUGAUACAAGAACUAGAAGAGGAUAUCCAGUUAUCCUCAACACCAUCGGCUACUACCAGAAUCUUCCUGACAAAGGACAUCACAGCGAUAUCCAAAGUGGUCAGCCAACAUACCCGACACGAUGUGCAUAUAUUGCAUAUUGUCCAGUCCCCAGUAGGAGAUAUUCAAGAUGUCAACCAUAAUGUCUGUAUGCAGUAUGGUAUUGUCGAGUCUAGGAGGAGGGGUGCUGGCACUAGCCAACUCUACAUGCCAUCAAGAUCAGACUUCUACAAAUAUGCAGUGGAGCAUUUCACUUCUAUUGAUGAAGUGGUUCUUGACGUUGGAGACGGACUGCUGGCAAGGGUUGCAGCAGAAUGUGGACGAAAUGGGAGGAUGGUAGAGGAGACAACACUGUCCAGCACAGAAAUAGAGGCCAUGAUGGGUGCUGCAGACUCGGAGGAGAUUCUAGAUGCAGAUCUAGUAUUAAGCAUGGACCAGACGUGUUCUAUACCUUAGUGCAUUUUGUUUCUCUCAUUUCCUCACCUCGAUCACUACCUCAUUUAGUUCUGAAAAAUCUUGUUAAGAUAUGUGACAAACUAACGUUUUUAUGUAAAUAUUUUUAUACAGAUAUGGCUGGUAGGGUGUUUAUAUAUCAUUCUUUUGGCCGCUGGAGUUGUAUUUUCAUGAGGGAAAAUAAAACUCCUUUAGGUAGGCUAAAGAAUAUGUAUUACAUACAUAACAGGAAAUAUCUAUUAUAAUAUUAGAUAACCUUGAUUAAGACCAAGUCAUGGUUUUUACAUGAAAGUCUGAACACGAACAGUUUAAUAGAGUCUGAUCUACAGUAGAUAUCCAUUGUCUUCGCCUUUCUUCUCUGUGCUUAGCUGUUAUUAACGAAUAUUGUUGAUACAUGAAUACAUUGUCUUAGCUCAAGCGCGUAUGCUCCUACUGUUAUCGUUGACCAGCUGGUCAAUAUAACCAUCCAGAUGACCGGGCGUGAACUGUUAACAAUAAAUUGCAGUCCCCAUAUCACUUGACAUGCUGUGGACCAAUCACACCUUAGCAACUCUCUGAGCUAUCUAAUACAAGUAUUUAAGUCUAUGUGUAGAUGUGUUUUUAGUUUAGUAGAUAGGUGGCUGGACUACCGAUCAUUAGGUACAUGUAUGUGGUUCAAAUCUCGGCCACUUCACUAAGGUCUAGCUUUGGCAAGACCUUAACAUACAUUUACUACACUCAAACUAUGUUGUACCAAAAUAUGUAGCCUAGUUAAGGUCAGGUAACAUACAUGCAGGAGCACCUUGCUAUAUAGAUGAGCGCUAUACUAGAGUGCAAUAUUAUUAUUAUUAUCUUUUAUUAGAGCAUAUUUUUGUCUUGCCAAGUGAACUUGAUUACUUUGAAGGUAAUUUCAAAGGCACAGGGUUGGUGAACGUGACUCGUCACCUUAUUUAUUUUUCUAAAGCAUCAACACAAAAACCCACAUAUUAUUAUUUUAUCAAGGAUAAAAACUCGGGUCACAACUAUUGGGCCCUUGAUUUUGUUACCAUCUUGUCAAAAUGAAACACUCGAUCUAACUCAUUUCCAAGCAUCAGAAGACGGUUGUUGAUAUCAAUGAUGUAGUUGGAAGAUCAUAUACUUCAAAGUUAUAAUCAAGGAAUUAUCAGAGCUGGAGUCCAAACUGAGGAUAAUUUAUGCAAACAUCUGGCAGAUUCCAAAGGAUAGUCAAUAGAAUUAUUAAACUGCCUUGGUUCUUUGAUAUUUGAUGCGCGAUGCCACCAAAGUAAAAGAAAACAUUUUAGAGAGGAUGUGAACUUUGUGGGUUUUUGUUUGCACAGUUGAUUUAUUAUAUCAAUAAACAUAGAAAACAAAUAGGCAAUUGUUUAGUAAUUAUGUACGAUGCCACUCUGAAAAUCCCAUUCCUCAACAAGCAAGAUUUCUUGAGAUAUUGCCUUAAGAGUGUAAUAAAUAUGUACUGCUUCAAGUACAAUAUUGAUCCCUUGCUGAUUGCUUUUCUGAUUUUCAUAUUUUAUAUGGUACUAUCAAGAAAAUAUUUCUAUUAAAUUAAAUCAACCAGAGUAAAGUCCACAUGUGUCCACUCAUGGAAUUAGCAACUUUAAAUCUUGUAUUUUUGGACGUGUAUCUGUUUGCUUACACCUGGUUAUACCAUUCAUGAGCACUUUCUGUGUAACCAAUUAUCAUUAUAUUGAAUACCUUUAAUUGCAUAUGUGCAUCCUCUGUAGCAAUACUGGCUGCGGGUGUUUCAUCGUUAGUUCUUUUGAAUCAAUGUGCAUGUAUUCGGAGAGCGCAUAUAUAUUUGUCGUGGUUGUUGUGGCAUUGAGCCUACUUCAGAGGAAAUUGUUAAGCUUUUACUCCAGCUGUAAUUACUCCUUGUUAU